GAGCUUGCAGCUUCACCAGACUCAUCGAGGCUGCUCCAGGAAGGCCCAAGCCAGACCACCAGGCAUGCAGAUCAUCACCAUGGCCCUGGUGUGCUUGCUGCUAGCUGGGAUGUGGCCACAAGAUGUGGACAGCCAGAGCAUGCAUGUGUCCUUCUCCAGAUGUUGCUUCUCAUUUGUGAGGAAAAAGAUUUCCCUGGGGGCAAUCCAGUGUUACAGAAACACCAGCUCCAGCUGCCCGCAUCGUGGUUUCAUAUUCAAGCUGAAGAGAGGCAAGGAAGCCUGUGCCUUGAAGACAGACAAAUGGGCUCAGAAGUACGGAGAAAAGCUGAGCUACUGCCCGCCAGAAAGAAAAUGAGCAGAUUUCUUUCCAUCAUGGGCUCUGGAAAUCAUGUGG